GUCUCGUCUCAUCCAACGACUAGCUCCGGGAGCUCUUCUAUACAUGGCCUUUAUUAGUUUAUCGUCUUUCGUCAAUGUGUGCGUCUAUGUGUGUCUGUGUGAAUAUUAUCGUUAAUAGAGUGUAAAGACAAUUUCACGGUUCGGAGCAAUAAUGUACAUAUGGCCUGCUGCAUUCGUUGAGAAAACAUUGCUCAUUUAUGCGGAUAUAAUUGAUCGAUGAAAACCAUCGACAAUUUCCACGACAUUCAAUCUCUUUUUCAGUUUAAAUAUGUCAUUAUUAGACGCGCGUCCGAUAAAAUCACGCGCGAAAAGUGGCCCGUGCUUUGCAGCCCUUCGAACCUUACGCGACUAUAAAUAAUUCGAAGGUGAUACAAAGAGCUUUUUACAUGAUUAUUUUUUGUCGAUUAUUUAGUCGAUCCAACGCGAUUCAUGUAAAAAUUCGACCCUCGGCUGCUUCUUUUUUUUAAUUAUCGAAGUGAAAGCCCGUGUGCAUUAAUAGAUUGUAAUAAGUUGACCUUGUGAGAAAUUAUACACACUCUCGUUACUUGCUGAAAAAGCUCCGACGAAUGUAGUGCGCGCGACGUGAUGAACGACGAGGGUGUACCGUUGAAAGAGCACAAAAAAUAGUCCAAUCAAUGAUCACUUCGUAAAUCCGCUUUUCCUCGUUACCCUCUUCUCUCUAAUUCCAUAUCCUCGAUACCAUGAUGAGGAAAAAAGCGUCGUCGUCGUCGUCGUCGUCAACGGCGACGGCGGCAGCCGCCGAAGGUGGAUUAGGAGAUCUCGGCAGUCAAGAGCGACUUCAUCACCAGCCGAAUAAUGUUUUUUCCCGAAGAAUGAGACGCAGCAUCACCAAAGUCAAAAGGAGCAUACAAAAAAUAACGGAAGAUACUCACGAGGACGAGGAGGCGGACGAGAUGGCCCGAAAAUUGACGUGUCUACCUCGGGAAAGCCUCACGUCCCUGGCCAAUCGCACGGGCUUCACGAGCGAGGAGGUGCGUCGACUUUAUCGAGCUUUCAAGCAGCAGUGUCCGAGCGGGGUGGCGACGACGAAGGAUCUGACGCCCGCUUACGCGAAACUUUUUCCACUCGGCGACUCUCGCAGGUACGCCGAAUUGGUGUUCAACAAUUUCGACCAAGACAAGGACGGCAUCGUCAGCUUUGCCGAUCUGCUGCAAGGCUUGGCGGUGAUCGUCAAGGGGGAUGCCGAUCAAAAGCUCGCCUGGAUCUUUCGGCUCUACGACGUCAGCGGCAACGGGUGGAUAACGAGAAACGACAUGACCGCGAGCAUCUCGGCCAUCUACGAGAUGGUGCGCAGCUCGCAACAGAUCGAGGCGGCCGUCGAGCGACACGUGAAUCGCCUCUUCGACAAGAUGGAUCACGAUCGCGACGGCGUCAUCACGAGAGAGGAAUUUUUCACCGGUUGUCGAAAUGACGAAGUGAUAUUCAAUCAGCUCUCGAUAUUCGACGAUAUGGAAUACUAGUAAUAUUAUAUUGUACAUUAGAACUACGAAAUAAUCAUUGCAUCAAGUACGAAACAAAUGUGUUUAUUGGGCAAUUAAUAUGCAACAGAUCGAUCUAUUUAACGCUAAUAGAUCACAAUGACUACAGUAUCAUUACAUCAGUUCUUUACGUAUAUAUUCAAGUACACAUUAUAUACAAACAUAUUAUAUCUAAAAUAUCGGGCAAAUUUCUAGCGUUUAAUCAUCAAUGCGACAAAAUUUAUUCUAAAAUUCAAUCAUUAUUUUCAAUUAAAAAUUACUUUUAAAACAUUUUCAGUCUUUUGACGGUAUAUAUAUUUACAAUAUUGUUAUCACGUUCUUGUAUAUAACGAUUAGCCGCUGCUCGCAACGCAAAUACACGUAUAUUUUUUACAGCACAUUAGCAGCAGCGAAAACGAAUUGUAUUUAUUUAGAUAAACCAUUAGUUCAUACAUAAUUUAUUCGAAUAAUUAAUAAUAGUUUUUAUCUAAUUAAAAAUCGUAUUUCUUAUGCCUAAUUUUUUAAUAAAUAAUUUGACUU